UUUAAAGGAGGCCAUCACUCGAAAACAUUGCUGUGUCUCCCUCAGACUGCCACGCUUCAGGAGAGAAGAGCUGGAAAGCCUGAAGCCAGCUGCCGGGAACUCUGGAAUUUGGAGGCCAACUUAGACCCUUGUAGAAGCAGAGAGCUACCAUGUGCACAGGGAAGUGUUCAAAGUGUAUUGGGAUCACCCUGUUCCCACUGGCAGUGUGUGCCAUAGUCUGCAACAUCCUCCUGUACUUCCCCAAUGGACAAGUUCUGCAACUCAGUGAGAUAACCGAUCUGGUCUGGUUUUUCCAUGGCAUUCUGGGAGCUGGGAUACUGGUUAUUUUACCAGCAUUCAUGAUGCUGGGAGCAGGCGGAGCAGGAUGUUGCGCUAACAGAUGUGGGAUGCUGCUGUCAGUGGUCCUGGCUGUGCUGGGAUUUGCCGGAGGAGCAUAUUGUGUGGUCAUCUCCACACUGGGGCUGAUUGGGGGCCCUCUGUGUGACACAGGUGAUGGAGAAUACCUCUAUCCUUUCAGGAAUGACACUCUGGAGGGCAAUUAUUUGUUCAAUCAGACAACAUGGAGUAUUUGCAAAGAACCUGAAAACAUCAUCCUUUGGAAUAUCAUCCUUUUCUCUAUUCUCCUGGCCAUUGGUGUGAUUGAAGCUAUUCUUUGUUUUAUUCAAGUCAUCAACGGUCUCACUGGCUUCAUAUGUGGCACAUGUAUGAGGAAAAGAAAGACAAACAUUUCCGGAAUGUGAACGACCUACAGAGAAUGACAAGACAAGCAGCAAGCUGCUGAUUUACAUACAAUAAGGAUAGUGCUGUGCUGUAUUUAUAGGGAGACAACAAAGAAAGCCUAAAAUGUCAAAAGUUUCAUGGGGGAAAAUGAAUUUUUUAUAAAGAAGUCAGGGUGGAAAAGGUCUGGAUCGCUUAGAUCUGAGACUCCAGCUUUUCAUCUCUCUAAAUAUAUCUACUAGAUCUCAGUAGGUAUUGGCAAAACCACCAAUCUGUCUGGUCCUGACUGCCAUACUUGCACAUAAAACACAACAGUCCCCAAAUAAAUCUCACCACUUGCCCUCUUGUGUAUAUAGGAAA